CAUAUGUCUGUUCCAAUUUCCUGGCUCUUUGUUAAUGAAUCUGCUAAUCUGCAGCUGCUAAUUUGCCAAGAUGAUCGAUGGCCCAGAGAAACGGGCACAGCGAAGAAAUUAAGCUUGAAAAAAGACGAAGAGUGUGUUUUGACUAUCAACGGCCGUGCAUCAUCAUAUGUCCUUCUUGCAUCGGGUCCGAAAAAGGCUGUUACCCGAAUUUACGAGAACAAGAAGGAAGAGUAUCGAAGGCUUCUGGUGUCCGAACAGGUUGAAAUCGUCAAACCAGUUGAACCGACAAGAGUUGAAGCUUUCACGUUGGGAGCAGAAUUGAAGCCAGAAGACACUACCAAAGUAAAUUGCUGUGAGACACACAUGGAGGCGGCAAAAGCUCUCUUAGAAGAUGAAGCAAUGUUUGCUGAGUUUGUAGAGGCUUAUCAGGAUCUAGACGAAGAUUGCAACCAAAGCCUUAAAGGGGAGAUAAAAAAUUGGAAAGACGCGUUGACAAAGAAUUUAACCACAGAGUUUGACGAUGAUGGAGCUGGCCCAGAUGAAAAAACUGAUUGUUGA